CCGUCAGUUAAACGCGAGAAUUUGGUGGGAAAAGUUGUUAAAAAUUUUUUGUGAAAAUAUGCUGGCUCUCAUUCCAAUUCUCCAGUGUGCUGCAGCACUUCUGGUGUGCUUCUAUUUAUGGAGGUUUCUUCGGGUGAUUACAAAAAAUUAUUAUCUGGCAAAGAAGCUCAAUUUACCUGGACCUGUGCCUAUGCGACCUAUAAUUGGAAAUAUGGGUUAUGUCAGACUAAAAGAUGCAGUUGAAAUCUUCAAUAUGGCCAGAGAACUGGCAAGAGAGUAUAAAUAUCGAUCGUAUAAAUUCUGGGGCUUUGGACAGAUCCACAUGAACAUAAUAAAUUGUCGUGAUACUGAAACAAUCAUGUCAUCUUCAAAGCACAGUGACAAAAACUUCUUAUAUUACUUCUUGCACCCCUUCUUGGGCACAGGGCUCCUAACAGCCAAUGGGAAGAAAUGGCAACAGCGCCGAAGGAUUCUUACGCCUACAUUUCAUUUCAAUAUUUUAAAGGAAUUCCUAGCAGUGUUCCAUGAGGAGUGUGAGAAAUUUACAGAGCUUCUGAAGACUGAGAUUGUAAAAGACGACGGUACAAAUCUUCCACCUCUUACAAGUCAUCUUACCCUCAAUACAGUCUGCGAAACUGCAAUGGGUGUGAAACUAGAUUCAUAUAGUGGUUCCAAAGAAUAUCGGAAUUCUAUUCAGUUAAUUGGUGAACUUCUUCUGCAUCGAUUCCUAAGGCCGUGGUUCUACAAUGAAACAAUUUACGCUCUUAGUGGAUAUAGAAAGAAGCUGCUUAAUCAUCUAAAGCCUGUUCAUUCAUUCACAAGGAAAAUUAUAAAACUAAGACGUGAGCACUUCCUUGACGUACUGUUGGAUAAUGAGAAAUUAAUAAAACUUGACCAGAACGAUAAUAUCUAUGAAACAAAGAAGAAAAGAUAUGCAAUGUUAGAUACACUCUUAGCAGCAGAAGCUGAUGGGCUGAUUGAUGAUGAAGGAAUUCGGGAGGAAGUGGAUACUUUCACUUUUGAGGGACACGAUACAACAUCUGCAGCACUGACUUUUAUUUUUUUACUUCUAGCUCAUCAUAUAGAUGUUCAGGAAAAAGUUUACGAGGAAAUAAAAAUUGCUUUGGAAGGUAACGACAAUCAACCUCUGGGCAUGAAUGAGUUGAACGAUCUUGAGUACACAUCCAGAGUGAUCAAGGAAUGCCUUAGAAUUUAUCCAUCUGUUCCCUUUAUUACGCGAUCAAUCACAGAAGAUAUGAUGGUAGAAGGAGAGAUAAUUCCAAAAGGAUCAAUUGCGCAUAUUCACAUUUUUGAUCUUCAUCGUGAUCCUGAACAAUUUCCGGAUCCAGAGCGUUUUGAUCCCGACCGUUUUUUACCUGAAAAUGUGGAAAAGCGCCAUCCAUUCGCAUAUGUUCCGUUCAGUGCUGGACCUCGAAAUUGCAUUGGCCAAAAAUUUGCACUUUUGGAGAUUAAAACUGUUCUUCAGCAUGUUCUCAUGGAGUUUACAUUGUCUCCAGUGACGACGCGGGAGGAAAUUGAAUUUGUUGGCGAUAUAAUACUGCGUGCCAAAACUCCGAUAAAAGUGAGAUUUCAUCGCAGAGUCCAAAGUUAAUCGUUUUUGAGUAUAUUUUCCUCAAUAAGAGGGUGAUGGGAAGUUUAUUCAAUUUCAGUUCAAUAUUAUGCUGUUAUGACACUUUAAUAUUAAUAAAAGAUCAAACAAUAAUA